CAAGAUUUCGUAUUUAGUUAGGGAAUCCUAAAAAAUAAUUUUAUUGUCUUGUAAAUGUACAGUAACAUACUUAUAUAAGGUACUGACAGGUAUAAGUAUAUAUAUAUUAGCCGAUGUUUUGUUUGUUGUAAUCCAUCAGACAAACCGUCAGCAGUCUGGAUUAAAGGCGCGGAUUACUCAUAAAAAAAAAACUAACAGUGAUGAUUUCAUUGCAACUCUAAGGCCAAAUGCUCGUAUAAAAUGGCUUAUAGCACAGGCUUAUUCUUCUUGCUUCUAAGCACUUGCCAUGGACAGCUAGUUAAUACGCUGUCCCGGUCUCCUAAAAUAUCUGCCCAGAAAAUGAAUCAAAGUCCCUCGGAGUACACGAAUAUGCGCGCCGAAUUUAUAGCGGGCCUGAACAACGAAGACGUGAAGCUCAGUAUAGGAGAACUCAUUUUGAAGUAUGGAUAUCCCCUGGAAGAGCACGAGGUGCUCACCGAGGACGGCUACAUAUUGACAAUGUUCCGGAUACCGGGGAAAGGGCCCGUUGUAUUGCUCAUGCACGGACUGUUCGGGAGUGCUGAUGAUUUCGUGGUAGCAGGCCCCAAGAACAGUUUAGCUUACUUGCUGGCAAACGACGGGUACGAUGUGUGGCUGGGCAACGCCAGGGGGAACAAACACUCGCGCCGGCACGUCAGUCUCGAUCCCGCUGGGCCCGCAUUCUGGAAGUUCUCUUGGCAUGAAAUUGGUUACUACGACCUGCCGGCGAUGAUCGAUUACAGUCUAAACAUGACGAAUAGGAGGUCUCUGUACUACAUCGGUCACUCGCAGGGCACCACCACCUUCUUCGUUAUGGGCUCCGAGAGACCGGAAUACAAUGAGAAGGUUAUCCUAAUGAUAGCGCUAGCGCCAAGUGCCUACUUGUCAAACACAAAUUCACAAGCCACGCAAAUUUUAGCUCGUAGCGGGGGCCUCAUAAAAAAGGUGCUGAAUAACAACGGCAUAUACGAGCUACUGUCGGACACUCCACUAAUCCGCAUCGUGAAGAACAUCCUUUGUGAUGCAGGCCCAGUGGCGGAUAUCUUAUGCAAUAGAAUAGUUAUGAGCCUCAAUAUUUUCAGCUAUACUGAAUUAAACGCUACCCUCUUACCGGUGAUAUUUAGCCACGCGCCCUCCGGAGCGUCAAUUGGGCAAGUUAACCAUUACCUCCAGGGGAUCGUUUCGGGGGACUUCCGGCAAUACGACCACGGACCAGAUAGAAACAUGAAGAAAUAUGGCAGAGUAACACCUCCAAGUUACCCCCUGGCGAAGAUAUCGGCUCCUGUGGCUUUGUUUUUUAGCGACAGUGAUCUGGUUUGCUCGUCCCGUGAUGUUUAUAAGUUGCGCAGAAAGUUGUCCAACUGUGUCGAUAUGUAUAAAAUACCCAAUGAGUACCAUUUCGGUCACGUGGAUUUCAUAUGGGCGAAACACUUCAGAAAUGUUAUAUACAAGAGGAUAAUUAAAUUGUUAAAAACACACGUGUAAUCAUGUUUUUAUCUCAUCAAACCCAUAAAUGUGAAACGACAGCCAAGUUCGAUAUUACAAAUAAGCGUCGGUUCGACUCCGUCGAAAAAAAAUUUAAAUCUAUAUGUGUGCCAAGUUCUGUGUAGAAAGUCUUAAAAAUUACCAAUUAUAAGAACAAGCAACAUUAUAAAAUUAAUUUAUACAACAGUGUCUUGUUUCUUGGUACUACUACUAUGUUUACUAAUUAAUAGGUAUUAUAAAUUCUUAAUUUUAACAGACAAUUAUUUACACAAUGCAUUUAUUUCAUUUGGGACGUAAUCACAAGAUCAAGAUUUGCCUUAAUAAUUUAUAAUAACGGAGUCGAAACGACGCGCAUUCGUAAUAUUGAACUUGGCUCUCAUUUCACAUUUAUGUUUUUGAUGAGAUAUUGAUUUAUUUAUUCAUUAGUGCAAGUAUGUGUGGACUUAAUGCUAAAAGCAUUCUCUCCCAGUCAACCAUAGGGAAGUGUCAGAAUACUCGAAUGCGGUACUACUAAUUAUUAGACAUCAUUACUUUUUGUACAGAAAUUUUUAAUAUUAAUCAUUAAAAUAUU